GUGCCUUAAAGUGCCUUAAGGUGUAGCAAAAAUGCCGAGUGGUCCUGCUUUAGUCAUGGAGCAACAGUGGGAACCAGUGGUGUGGCGGAAGAGUGCGCCAAGUGGGCAAGCUGCAAAGAGCACUGCGGCUGUCAAUCAAGCUCGUCGCACAAACGACAACGUUGAAACCUCCAAGAAGCAGAGUGCUGCAAGCAACCGAUCCUCACAUGCAUCGGUCCCAAACGCUCGGAAGCUGGAUGAACAUGCAGAGACUUUUCGUCAUCAGACGGUCUCUCAUGAUUUCAAACUGGCACUUCAACAAGCUCGUCUUGCAAAGCAAUGGACUCAAGCUCAGCUUGCUGCCUCCAUCAAUGAGAAAGCCUCAGUGGUGAACGACUAUGAGUCGGGUCGUGCCAUCCCAAAUGGAGUUGUAGUUGUGAAAAUCAAUCGAGCACUGGGCGUGCAGCUGCCCAAGGCUAAGGCAUAA